AUGCAGGGCCACAGAAGGUGCUUGAAACUCUUUCUUGCAUUUGCGCUGCUUUUGCUACAGUUCGCCAAAGGAGGAGAGGUGGACCACAGUCAGAAGGAUACUAACGUGACCAGAAGGUGCAAAGAGAGGGAGAGGAAAGCACUCCUUGCAUUCAAGCGUGGCCUGGUGGAUGAUCACAAUCUCCUCUCUCCAUGGAGUUCCGAAGCCCAGAAACAAGAUUGUUGCAGAUGGAUAGGAGUCUCUUGUAGCAACCAAACAGGUCAUGUUGUUGGACUUGAUCUUUCAAACGAUGUUCUAGGCGGAUUUGACAUUUUGCGAGGUAAGAUGAUUAGUCCUAAACUGAUUGAGUUGCAGCAUUUACAACAUUUGGACCUCAAUGAGAUUAAUUUCACUGGGAGCCAAUUUCCAAAUUUCAUUGGUUCUCUAACCAAUUUAAGAUACCUUGAUCUGUCUUCGACUAAUUUGGGAGGCAAGUUUCCAAGUCAGGUCGGAAAUCUUACGAACUUGGUGUAUCUGGACUUAAGGGGUAUGACUUUACAAAUGUAG